AUGGCUGGGGGUGUGUGGGGCCGGGCCCCGGGGCGCCCUGUGGGGGCCCUGACCCUGACAGCUCUGGCUGAAGGGAUACGGGCCGGCCAAGGGCAGCCCUUGGGACCCCCUUCCAUCGGCCCUGUGCUGGAGCCCAGGGACGUCGAACCCGAGGCUGAGUCCCAGACCCAGGCAGCCACCCCCACCUCUGAGGCUGAGCCGGGAAGUGGGGCUCCUGCCCCCACUGCUGGCAGUGAGCCCUGGUCUCCCCACACUCCUCCUCCUGCCCAGGAGCCAGCCCCUGAGGGGCCUCACCAGGCCCCCCAGCGUUCCUGGGAUGAGGGGACCCUUGCUGACCUUGCGUUGUACACCGCUGCCUGCCUGGAGGAGGCCGGCUUUGCAGGGACUCAGGCGACAGCGCUCACCCUGUCCUCAGCCCUGGAGGCCCGAGGGGAGCGGUUGGAGGACCAGGUCCAUGCCCUGGUGCGUGGGCUGCUGGCGCAAGUGCCCAGCCUGGCCGAGGGGCGGCCCCGGCGGGCGGCCCUGCGGGUGCUGAGCGCGCUGGCCCUGGAGCACGCGCGGGACGUGGUGUGCGCGCUGCUGCCGCGCUCGCUGCCGCCGAACCGGGCGGCGGCCGAGCUGUGGCGCAGCCUCAGCCGGAACCAGCGUGUAAACGGGCAGGUGCUGGUGCAGCUGCUGUGGGCGCUGAAGGGCGCGGCGGGGCCCCAGCUGCAGGCGCUGGCGGCCACGCGUGCUCUCGGGGAGAUGCUGGCCGUGUCGGGCUGCGUGGGGGCCACGCGGGGCUUCUACCCGCACCUUCUGCUCGCGCUGGUCACACAGCUGCAUGAGCUGGCUCGCGGCACGCGCUCCCCUGACACCCCCAAGACUUGGGCCCCAUCCCACAGAGGGCCACCGCACAGCCACGCCAGCUGCGCGGUGGAAGCCUUGAAGGCCCUGCUCACUGGGGAUGGCUGCCGCAUGGUGGUCACAUGCAUGGAGCAGGCAGGAGGCUGGAGGAGGCUGGUGGGAGCCCACACCCACCUGGAGGGCGUGCUGCUGCUGGCCAGUGCCAUGGUGGCGCACGCCGACCACCACCUUCGAGGCCUCUUCGCAGACUUGCUUCCCCGGCUGCGCAGCGCCGACGACCCGCAGCGCCUCACGGCUAUGGCCUUCUUCACCGGGCUGUUGCAGAGCCGGCCCACCGCACGGCUCCUGCGGGAGGAGGUCAUCCUGGAGCGGCUCCGCACCUGGCAGGGCGACCCCGAGCCCACCGUGCGCUGGCUGGGUCUGCUGGGCCUCGGCCACCUGGUGCUGAAUCGCGGGAAGGUGCGGCAUGUGAGCACGCUGCUGCCAGCCCUCCUGGGCGCGCUGGGCGAGGGCGACGCGCGGCUCGUGGGCGCAGCGCUGGGCGCGCUGCGGAGGCUCCUGCUGCGGCCGUGGGCGCCCGUGCGGCUCCUGAGCGCCGAGCUGGGGCCGCUCCUCCCGCCGCUGCUGGACGACACCCGGGACGCGGUCCGCGCCUCGGCGGUCGGGCUCCUCGGGACGUUGGUGCGGCGGGGCCGGGGUGGGCUCCGGGUGGGGCUCCGCGGCCCCCUGCGGAAGCUGGUGCUACGGAGUCUCGUGCCUCUGCUGUUGCGCCUGCACGACCCCAGCCGGGAUGCUGCUGAGAGCUCAGAGUGGACCCUGGCCCGCUGUGACCAGGCCCUUCGCUGGGGCCUGCUGGAGGAGAUCGUCACUGUGGCCCACUACGACAGCCCUGAGGCCCUAAGCUGCGUCUGCCACCGCCUGGUUCAGCGGUACCCGAGCCACAUUCCCAACUUCCUGAGCCAGACUCAGGGCUACCUGCGGAGCCCGCAGGACCCCCUGCGCCGUGCAGCCACCGUGCUCAUAGGUUUCCUCGUCCAUCAUGCCAGCCCCAGCCGCGUCAACCAGGACCUGCUUGACUCCCUAUUCCAGGACCUAGGACAGCUGCAGGGCGACCCGGAGCCGGCUGUGGCAGCCGCGGCGCACGUGUCCGCCCAGCAGGUGGCGCUGCUGGCCCGCGCGCAGGGCAGACCCCGUGGCCCCCGCCUCCUCCGCUUCGCCCGGCGCCGCGCGCGCCCCGCCCGGCCGCCGCCUGUCUACGCAGACAGCCCCUUCCAGCGCCGGAGCCUCGCGGGCCGCUGGGGCUGCUCCUGA